GUGACAUUUACGUCAUAUUAUAUUAUGACAUUUCACUUCAGCAACAGCCAACAGAAACCAAGGAAGCAGCAAUAGCAACCAAAAGUAUAGAACAUUUUUGUUGAACUAGUGAAUUUUUAUUAUUAUAAUGAUUUAAUUAAAGUGUUGUGCCAAAUUUUUGAACAGAACAAGAGCCAGAAUGUCUGAAAAAGGUAGGAGAUCGUCUUCCAAUGAUGCUAUAGAAAAAAUAAUAGGUAAUAUGACCUCCGAAAUGCAAAAUACUGAUGGCCAGUAUAGACCACUUGGAUUUUCUUCCCAACAAAAUAUUGCUGAGCCAAUUAAUUGGGGCUCCCAGGCAGCCUCCAACACUUAUAUGAACUAUGGAUUACAAUAUCAAGAGCCACAUCUACAUGGAGAGCAGUUGACGAACUAUAUUCAUCAAGCGACAAUGUUUGACCCUGUACCUGUGCUGUUGCAGAAGAACAUACAUUUGCCAGAUUAUAAUAACUAUAACUUAAGGUCCAAUAGUGCCCCUCAAACUCUAUACAAUUUCCCACAGACUGCGAUGCAUUCUGAUUCAUUAAACCAGAACCAGAACACUUCCCACACUCAAAUUUUCGACAAUUUAGUUGGUAACUGGGCUGUACCAAAUAAUUCAGGAACUUACAGCCCCUUUGGUAACACUAGUACAUUCAAACCAAGCUUAUUUGACUUCAAAAACCAAAAUGGAGAACAUAUGUAUGACGAAGAGCCAAAAUUUAAGCAGUCGGAGCUUGUUGAUGAUAAAUUUAACUUUAACAAAGAUCUGAGGAAGUCCAGGCCACUGGCUGAAGUAAAACCUAUGCGCCCCAGCUAUUCUGAUGUAUUAACUAAACCUGUACCUCCAACAAAUAACAUGAAGCCUGUAAAAGUAGAGGCAAAGGAUGUAAAAUUUAAGAAAGACACUCGCAAAAAUGGGAAACUUGAUAAAGCAUGUAAGACUACUAAUGUUUUGAACCGCAGCAAUACCAACAAUGACAUGAAAGAUCUACCAGCAGAAAAAACCACUUCAAAUUUGAAAACCGAAAAAAAGUCUAUCAAAGUCCAUCAGUUACACAGAAGAUGGGCCUCUUUAGAUAACAUUACAGAUUCUGAACCAAAUUCAAUGAAAACCGAAGAGCAAAAAAGAAUUAAGAAGCAGGAUGACACAAAAUUGAAUAAAGCAAAAAAUAAAUUUUCUAAGAAUAUAAAUAAUCUUGCUGAUAAUGUUUCUGAUAAUAUUGUUAGAGCUGAAUCGAUAGCUAUCACCAAAAAUAUGCUGAAGAAAAAUAAAGGUAAUGCUAGACAGAAGCAAGGAGAGCGGGAGGGAUCUGAAAGACCUUCUAAACGUAACCAGAGAGCUAGGAAGAAGGAUAAUCAGCCAACAUUUGGAAUUAUUGGAGAAAAAGUAAAAUUUUACAUCCAAGAAUGGUGGAAAGUUUUUACAGUAUUUACUCUAUGGCUAAUUCACUUGAUCUCCGAUGUCCUAAGCCUUAGCGCCCAGUUAGGUAAAGACUUUUUAACCAACUCUUGGGCUCAUCUGAUCGCUUUCUGGACAUCAUUUACCAGCACCAGCGAAGCAGUUUUGAAAAGAUGGAAGUUAUCAGCUUGGAUAUGGGAAAUUUUUGAAAACAGAUUCAAACAGAAAAACAAAAAGCCAAAAAUUGAAGAAGAUACAAAUAAUUUUCUGCACAAUGGGCUUAAUAAUAAUAUAACUAUGCCCACAACAGGAGAUGAAGCAAUGAAGAGAUUACUAGCAUGCAAAGGUAAGGAUCCAUACAGCAUUCUGGGUGUAACACCCAAAUGUACAGAUGAUGACAUCAAAAAAUACUACAAGAAGCAAGCCUUUUUGGUACAUCCUGAUAAAAAUAAUCAACCAGGAGCUGAAGAGGCAUUCAAAAUAUUGGUACAUGCUUUUGAUAUGAUUGGAACUUCAGAGAGAAGAGCUACAUAUGACAGAGGUGUGGCAGAAUCCGCAUUCGUUGUCCAAAAUUUCAGCCAAAUGGCUGAAUUAUUGCAGAAAUUACAGCAAAAAAUGGAAAUGAAUGCAAAUACCAUAAGAUGCAGUGCUUGUGGUGAUCGGCAUAAGAGAAUUAAGGUGGAUCGGCCAAGUUAUGCAGCCAGAAAUUGCAAGUCUUGCAAAAUACACCAUGCUGCUAGAGAAGGAGAUAUUUGGGCAGAAGCGAGAUGCUUUGGCAUCCUUUGGCACUACUAUGCCUGUAUGGAAGGAUCAGUUUAUGAUAUAACCGAAUGGGCGGGAUGUCAAAAAGAAACAUUAAAGCACUUAAAGCCCGAUUCUCACCAUGUUCAAUACAGGAUUGCUUUGGGAAAGCAAAACAACACUCAACCAAGAAGAAAUAGUCAGGCAUCUCGGAUGGAACGGCCUGACUUGGAAAACUUGCUGAAUUCUUUGUAUGGACAUAAUGAUGGCAGCUCUCCCAAUAGCGGAUCUUCCAGUAGCCGCCCUUCCAAACGAAAGAACAAGAAUCGAAAAUAAGAUUCAUGUUUAGCUUUUGGGGGUUUCGUAAGAUUUUCCAAAUUCGAUUUUUGUCCUAUAUUUUUUGCUGUUACACAGAUGUGGUGAUUUCAUUCAUAUAAUUCAUUAUUGCAGCUAAAGUUUAUAUGGAACUGCAGGUUUGUCAGUGUAUCUAAUGCCGGGUCCAGACCAAGCCGACAAAAAGUAAACACGAUUUUGAGACAAAAACACGACAAAACUGCGACAAAAAUUUGGGUAAGACAAGACAAAAAUUAGACAAACUGUCCAUACCAAAAAGACAAAAAUGGGUGCAACAAAAUUUAGUUCAAAAUCAAAAUCAAAAUAUAUUUAAUGUUAACAUACAGGAAAGCUCUUACAGGGCCGUAUCUAGGGGGGGGUUUUUGGGGUACAAACCCCCCCAAAAAAAUAAAAAAAUUCAAAAAAUUCAACUUAAAAACAAACAACACUUAUUAAAUACUUAUUUAUUUUUUUUAUUUUUAUUACUAGUGUAACAAUUUUUUUUUGCCACUUUGUCUAACCCCCCCAAAAUUUUGGUCUAGAUACAGCCCUGAGCACUUACAUGUGUCAAAUAUAAAAAUAAAAUAGAAUUAUGUAAUUAAUAAUAAAGCGAUUACAAAUAACAUUCAACAAUAAAAUUCACAUUACCACUAUACUCUCAAACAAAAUCACAAUUUAAAAACUUGUCGAGUGAAUAAAAUGCCCCACGGAGCAAAAAUUGUUCAAUUGUAGCCUUGAACUAGAUUUCGGGUGAAACCCUUAUCUUUUAAGGCUAACAAUUAAAAAACUUUAUGCCGCAGUAUCUAGAGCCAGUCUGACACCUCUUCAGUCAGCAAUAUCCGGUCACCAAAUUACUCGCCCCCAUGGUAUUAUGGCUAUGAACUUCACUGUGUACUUCGUAGCCUCCAAUAUUCUUUUUAAUGUGCAUCAGGCUAUCCAGGAUGUAUUGAGACGGAAGACUGACUGGCUCACAAAGGUCUGCCUACAGUCAUCCCUAAACCCCAACCCCGCAACAACCCGUAAAGCCUUCCGCUGCAUUCCAAAAACAUGACAAGCCUGAGCCGCAUGGCCCCAGACCAGCAGUGCAUAGGACAGACUGGAGUGAAACAAAGCAAAAUAUGCCGUCCUCAAAACUGUCCUAGAAACACACUCAGACAGGCGUCGAAGCUCGUGUGGAUAUUCCAGUUUAGUGUGGGAUCUACAAGAACACCCAAAAAUUUUACAUGUGUCUCGUUUUCAGUUGCAUCAUCCAGAUUUCGCAGUGAGAAGACAACUUCAUUUGGUUUUUCCUGAUUCAGAAGCAGCCUGUUCGUAUCAAACCACUGAGCCGCACUUAACUGUGAAACCCGUAACCUCCUCUCAGCUUCCUCCAGGGAACCUGCCGAGACAGAAAGUGUUGUGUCAUCCGCAAAGAGUGUAUAAUGUGCAUUUGUGUUAUCAUAAGGCAACUCAUUGAUGUAUAUUAAGAAAAGAAUAGGUCCCAAAACUGAACCCUCCCCUAUAUUAAUUACACUCUCUGCUGACGACGCCCCACCCGCCGCCACAACUUGAAUCCUGUUUUCCAAAUAAGAUUUUAGAAGUGAAAUACUGUCUGCAGUCAGAUUCUAGAAUGCCAGUUUCCGGAGAAGGAGGUCAUGGGACACACAGUCAAAUGCUUUGCUCAAGUCACAGAAGAGCACCGCAUCGUACUUCCAUGACUCAAAGGACUCUAUCACUGUGUCAACCAGAUCGAGUAUCCCCAAAACUGUAUUUUUUUCUCUGCGAAAGCCAUUUUGGCAUUCCGAAAAACAGCCAUUAGUUUCAAAAUGGUCCACCAAUCUUACAGCCACACACUUGUCAACUACCUUGGAUAUUAUUGGUAAGAGGCUGAUCGGUCUGUAGUUGGAUAUAUCGUUCUUAUCUCCCUUUUCGAAAAUUGGUAUGACCAUGGCUUUCUUUAAGACAUCUGGAAAAGUAUUUUCUCUAAAGCAUAAGUUUACAAGAUUCACACUGAGACCAAAAAUGUCACGACUAGUUUCAUUCUUGAGAUGUGAAAUAAUAUCUCUCAAUUCAUUAUAGGUAACAUCAGUGAAAGAAGAGUAAUCAGCAGGUGGAAUAAUGUUUUCAAAAUUUCGCAGAGCAUGGAUUUGAUUAUUAGGUAUUUCCUUUACUAGAUUAUUGGCUAUGUUAGUAAAAAAAAAUUGAAAACUAUCAGCUGAUAUUUUCGGGGAUGUUCGAUCUUUAAUGGAUGACUCACGGUGUUUGUUAAUAAUAUUCCACAUAAUUUUUGAUGGGUUUCUUGCAGAAUUUAUGGCCUUGUCGUUCGCACUCACCUUUGCUCUUUUUAUUGACUUUUUAAAGGUUUUCUUAAAUUUUUUAUACUCCUGUACAUUUCCACGGUGAUUAUACUGCCUACUUAUUUCUCCCAGAAAUUUUAGAUGUUCCCUCAUUUCCCUUAAAUCAUCAUUAAUUUGUUUUAUGGAAAAUGCCCUCUUAUAAGGGGAUUCCAUGAUUUGAAUAAAUUGAGAAAAUUUUUGAUUUACUUUGGAUUUGGGAUCGGCAAUAAAGACAAAAGAUGAUCCCUCUAUGAAAUUAAUAAAACAGUACCAUGCCUUGGUGUGUAAUUGGCCUACAUAGCCUGCUUUCCUGAAUAAAACUUGAUUUUUUAUUUGUUAUACUAAACUGAAUAAGUUGUGAGGCAUGAUCAGAGAAAUCAGUUUCGAUGUUCCUAGCAAACACCUGUUCUAAAGAAAAAAUUUAAAAUAUGUUGUCUAUACAAGAAUUUACCCUAGUUGGGUCCAUCUAUAGUCUUUGAGAAACCGAAACCACCAAGCAUAUCGCAAAGGAGGACUGCCUCCCUCUGGUUUGUAUUAAAGUGCUUGUUGUUAGUUGAUGCGAAUCAGUUGCUUAACCCUGUGGCGUUUCCAGAAAGAAAAUUCAAAAAAUGAGGUUUUAUUGCUAGCCGCCAGCUGUUAUAUCUUCCUCUCAUCUUCAUUCAAUGUUGGACAAAUGAAACGGAAACUUUUUUGGUGAGACCAAGCUUAAAAAAGUGAAAAAAUUAUCCAUAAAUAAAUUGUUAGUUCAGUUACGUGAGGAUGAUAUUGAACUAAGUGGUGAGAUUCGCUCAAGCUUUAAGAAUUUUCUAAGAAUGUCCAUUGAAGAUUUCGAAAAUCUAAGAUGCCUUGUGGGUCUUGCAGUUGCCAAAAGACAUACCAACUUCAACACAACAGUCAACAGAACUAAAUUUGUGUGAUUUUCCACUGAUUGACACUGGUCUCCUAAUUUGGUCAGCACGCCCGUCCACACUGCGCCGACAACUUGUCGUUAAACACACAGACAAAACAGAGACUCUUUGAUGUUUACCGACUCACGAGGACUUCCAAAAGUCUCGGAAUUUGGAAACAAAACAAAAAAAAGACAAAAAUGUUGCAGAAAUGUAUCGGAUUUGUCGUGUCGUUGUUUGGUCUGCUUGGUCUGGACCCGGCAUAAGAUCCAACUCCAGUUAGUGGGAAAAAUGCAUGGUUCAUAUUAAUUAACAGAGACAAGAAAGUUUUUGUGACUAACCCAACUCACAAAUGCCUAGUUUGUGUUAGUUUUGGCAGCAAACUUGUAAUUUUGGUUGAAGAUUUUUUACACCUACCAUUUUUCUCACCCAAUCGUAUUCGUUUUUGGUGCCAAAUGUUUGGAAAAUUUUACUAAAUACCUCCCACCUAAAUUAAUAUUCAUUUUGUUUAUAGAUAAUGACCUUUUUACAUCUUUUUUGCUCUGCGCCUUGUAUUUAUUUUUGUUUAUGUGCUAGAUACUAUCAUUUUUUGUGUAAUUUUCAAAUGAAAUAAAUGAAUAAUAGAUCAA